GUUUUAUAUUUCACGUUGGGAUUAGUAACGUUCGAUUGAGUUCCGGAGGAGGCUGCUGCUGCUGGCUGCCGUUAGUUCUCACCAACUGCUCCUCGAAUUCGCCCCACGUUGAUCGUAUUUUGAUUAUCGAAGUGCAUAAAUCAAUUUACAUUCACUAGUGCCGGUUGUGGGUGGUUCUCUAGGCUGUUUGUGUGUGUGUUCGACUUCCGGUUGCCCGUUGUUGGUUUUUCGCUGGAGCACGUUGGUCGGAAGCAGCAUUGAGUGCGGGCAGUCAAGUGUGUGCCCCACGCCGCCGGCCGGAAACAAGCAAAGUUUAGAGGCAGCAGUGCUGCCAGCAUCCACCGCCACUACUUCCGCUUCACCGGCACAAGGGUUCAUUUUUCACGCUUCAGUUAAUUCAAUUUCGAAAUUCAAAAUCCGCCAAUUCUGGCUGCUGGCUGGUUGAACAUAAUGAGACCUCUCUCGAAGCCAAAAUCGUUGACGAAUACGGCGUCGUCCUCCCCGAUAAUGAUGAUGAUUGGGAUUUUCUGGCUGGCCAUUAUUUUCUCAUUAUCGGUGGCCGGACAAGAAAUUGAUUCCGCGCCCACGGCAUCCGGCCCCGUUGGCUCCACCACCACCGUUGAUGAUAAAUUACAAGUGACAAUUUAUUACGAAGCACUUUGCUACGACAGCAUCUCAUUUAUCACGAAUCAACUAGCGCCGACCUGGGCUCGAUAUAGGGAACACAUGGACCUCAAGUUGGUCCCCUUCGGAAAGGCAUACAUUGACGACUCCAACCCGUCGGACCCGGUCUACUACUGCCAGCAUGGUCACCGCGAGUGCACCCUCAACAUCCUGCACGGCUGCAUCCUGGACAAACUCCCCCUCGAGAAGGCCUUCCCCGUGAUUUCCUGCCUAAUGAAGGGCUUCCGGACGUCGUUCGACGAGUGCAUCAAACCGAGCGAAGCGGCCAAGUCGGACAUUGAGGAGUGUGCGGCGGGGCCGCGAGGUGCGACACUGUUCAAACAGUUCUCGGACGAGACCGCCACCGUCGGGAAUCCGCUAGGGUUUGUGCCCACCAUCGAGGUUGAUAAGGUUUUCGAACUGUUCGACCAGGAUAAGUGGCUGUACAGAUUUGUACCGAUGUUCCAGCGGGAGUACAAGCGCAAGUUCAAUGUAACGUUGGAGUAGUUCUUUUUUUUUUUUUUUUUGAUUUUGCAAAUUAUAUGGUGCCGUUCUAGG